ACCAGCUCUAAUAGAAUUAGAUCUUACUAGUUUUGUCACCGAAGAAUUGACCAAUGAAUUAUUUUUCUCAAUCAUUAAGCCUUUAUUGGAAAUGUUAAAUCCAAGUGAGAUUUUUCGCAAUUUGUUUCCAUAUAUUUUUGAUACUAUCAGUAGAACCGUUUCACUUACUAGACUAAUCAAUUGCAUUCAAGAGUUUAAUGAAAAAGGAGGUGAUGAUCCGAGUAAUGUUCUUCAAC